AUGAUGAAUGAGGUUAGCGACGCGCACGCCGCGUGUCGAUGGAUUUCAGAACUCUUCGCCGAAUGCGACGGUCACGAGUCGAGCGUGAACUGCAGCUGGCGAACUCUAGAUUUAGUUUUGCGCGUGUUGCUACGCGAUAGGUAUUGGGCGUGCGAAGCCACGCGAUUCGCGCUGUGCGAAACGUUGCUAUUGCGAAAGAGCGCGCCGCGCGCCGCGCUGCCGGCGCUCUUACGGUUGACGAUUCUGCGACCCAUUCGUCGAGGCGCCGACGCCACGCGCGUCAAAGCGGCGAGCGAUGCGAAUAUAUUCGCACUCUUGGAUACUUGGUCCGGGGAAGGUUUCGUGCGUGAGGCGUCCGUCGAGCUACAACGGACGCUCACGUCGAGCGUUCGAGCAAUUCUUGCGGCGUUGCCGAGCGAAGAGUGGGACGCUAUGCGAGGAAAGCCGACGCAAAUGUUAUUGAAAGGCGUGAGCGCGCGUCUCGAUUCGCCAUCAUUGCGUCCGCGCAGACACGCGAGCAAAGUCGCCUUGGAACUUUCGCUGAAGAUGGACGCGAGCAAGCCUUUGCGACUCGUCGAUGACGGCGACGACGUCGACGCGUCAUCGGACGAGGAAUCGGAAUGGGAACAGACCAUAGAGUCGAUCGUUCAAGACGACGUCUUCGUCGUCUGCAAUGAUGACGACGGCGGCGGCGGCGGCGACGAUGAAAAAGAAUCCAUCGCCGCCAACGUCAAUCUAACCGGUUCGUCUGGGUUUCAGAUUAAAGUCGAAGACCCGGACGAAGUUGUCGAUAUGUGGAGCCUUCGCCGCGACGAGAGCGACUCGGAUGCCUCCGAUAGCGAUGACUAUUCCGAUGACGAGCUCGUACCGUAUGAUAUGGAUAGUGAUGACGACGCGACGCUUCGUUCUCGUGAUCCAGCGAGUUUGACUGAAGCGCGAAUCGCGUCGCUGCCGAAGCCGCAAACUUUACGAGAGUGCAUCGGCGCCUUGAGGCAGGCGCGUUCGGGCGAUGCGUCGACUCGGCAGACCGAUAUCGAUAUUGCGGACGCAGCUGAAGGUGCGGUGCACGCAGUUUCCGAUAUCGUCAUGCGCCAGCCGCACGAAUUGGCGUCGUGCGCCGCGGAUCUCGCUGUCACCAUUUUGCACGCGCAACCGCCCACGCCGGACUCCGACCCACUCGACCGCGCGCGGCGCCAAGGCUUAGCUUCGGUGCUCACGGUGACCCCUGGUCUCGCAGGCCCAACAAUUAUCGACCACGCGUUGUCGGAGAAAUGCGACGCGUCCCAAGUUAUGGACACGCUGAGCGCGUUGGACAUGGCGAUGACGGAGCUCGCGUCGCCGUCAAAAGCCGAGCACCUGCUCGAUGCUUCGGCGUCGACUCGUUCGACUGCUCGCGUGGGUAUCGAGCGAAGGUUUGCGCCGAAAUCCAUGGAGAUGCAAGCGAAAGGUGCGACAUCGGCGCCGACGCGAAGUCAUCUCAUAGGCGAGUGCUUCGUCGCGCCGCUCUUGCGCGCGGCGGCGCAAAGGCUCGAGCGUCAGUCCGCGCCAGAAUACAACCCCGAUGGCCUGGACGCCAUGGUGAACGGACAUAUUCUCUACACACUCGGUCAGUGCGCCAAGCACGCCAAGAACGCGACCGAUGGACCGUUGAUCGGCCGCGCGGUGCUUGAAUUCGCCGUCACUCCCGCGUUGGCAGACUCCGACCAACCCCAUCUCCGCCGUUCCGCCCUCGUCGCCGGUGCCCUCGUCGCCACUUCUCUCCGAGACACCCCCGUCGCCAUCGCAUACGCCGAAAACUCCCCUCUGUCCACCGCUUUAGAGCAUUUCACCGCCAUCGCCGCGCGGCGCCAUCGCGCCGACUGCGACGUCGACGUUCGCGCCGCGGCUUCCUUCGCCGUCGCCGCCGCCGCUGAUUGCAAAGCUCGCGCCUUAACAGCGCUCGAGCGCAUCGCGGACGACCCAAUCGCGCUCGACGACGCGCGCUCGUCGGCAAUCACCACCCGAAUCCCUCGAUUAGACGUAAAAUUGUAG